AUGUCCACUUACUCAACCGAUGAUGGUAGUAAGUCCAAAGUGCCUCGUAUUCUUACAGACGCAGCCACAGUCGCUACCACAACGGAGGAUGGAGAUGAAGAUCGCACCUCUGUUUCUCCCUCGAUUGAGUCAUAUGAUUCCAGAAGAAUUGGAAUUACAAAUUCUGCUUCGUCUUCCAACAACAUUCAGCCUUCACGCUCGAACUAUUCUUUAAGUUCGUCUCUUUCCAGGUUUCGCACUGUUCUUUCAACUCAUGUUGGACAUUCUUUGCAAGAAGUGGUUUCAAACGUCAAAGAUGAUAAUGUUAUAACUAACAAGAACUUAUCUGAAGCUAGGCAAACUGAUCUUGGUCGAAUAUUGACCAGACCAGACUUCUCGGAUGCCAUGAGAGUGGCUACUCAUACGGAUCAGUGGGCAGAUGAACUUGCAGGAGUUCGGCCAGACGAAGAAAGGGUUGUCAAAAAACUUACUCUCAAGGCCGAGGCCACAGAGAUUAGUGGGGGGGAGCUUCUCGGAGAGGAAGAGGCAAAGAAAUAUCCCCCAGUUGAUAAAGGAUAUGCAUGGAUCGUUUGUAUGGCCGAGUUUAUAAUGAUUGCUUCCACGUGGGGUUCAGUCACUUCGUUUGGUGUUUUCAUCUCUUUUUGGAUGAAUCACAACACAUUCGAUGGUGCAGAUCCUAUGAAUUAUGCUCUUUCUUCAUCCAUUACCUUGUUUCUAGCGCAGGCUCUAGCUCCUGUGGCUAUGAUCUCAUUUAAUAUGAUAGGCCUAAAAUUUACAAUCGCCACUGGUACCAUCCUUUUCUUUGCUGGUUACAUGCUUUGCUCGUAUUGUACAGAAUUAUGGCAGUUAUACUGCACUCAGGGAAUUUUAAUUGGAAGUGGUUUUUCAUUGAUAUUCAAUCCCUCCAUUGUCAUAUUGAGUACGUGGUUCUCCAAGCAUAGAGGAUUUGCGUCUGGUAUAGUUGUCUGUGGUGCUGGUGUUGGCGGUGUUGCCUUUGCACUUGGUGCCCAGGACCUUAUUGAUCGAAAAGAUGACUUUCGAUGGGCCAUAAGAAUGAUCUGCAUCACCACUUUAUGCCUAAACUGCAUUGUUGGAUUACUUGUCAAGGAGAGAGUUCCUGUCAAGCGUGAAUUGACUUGGACAGCAUUCAAAACGCACUUCAAGAUUAUUUUAAAUUACAGAGUUAUGCAGCAUUGGCAUGUUAUUGCGAUAUCACUUUGGUUCGCCAUGGGCAUCAUCUCCUAUAUCGUGAUCACUUAUUCCUUAGCCAGUUACGCUACUUUUAUUGGUCUCUCAGAGGCUUCGGGUUCGCAUGUUACUGCCAUUUUUAAUGGCUCACAGGCUGUUGGAAGAGCUUUUAUUGGCGCCUUGGGUGACAGAUAUGGUCGUGUUAACGUGGCACUAAUCAUCAAUGUUAUUGUGAUCAUUCUCAUCUUUGCAUUUUUUAUCAAUUGUUCAAACUUCGGCACGUUGGUGGCCUUUUCUGUUGUCUCCGGUUUAGUCACUGGCUGGUGUCAGACACUUAAUCAGGCAAUUAUGCCAGAUUCUGUUCCCAUGGCCGAUUUCCCCUCCGUUUGGAGUUACGAGAAUAUAAUUGUUGGUAGCUUCUGCUUGUUUGCAGAAGUGGUUGCACUUAAGUUGAGAAGUCCUGGUUCCGCCAAACCUUUUUUGAGAGCUCAGUUAUUCGCCGGUUUUAUGGUGGUGGGUUCCCUCAUUUGUUUAACACCGGUCAGAGAAUGGAAGAUCCGGAAUAAGAUCCUGUCCAGAUUAGAGGAUUGUCAAGAAGAGCUAAAGACAUUACAAACUGCCAUACACGACAAUGAGAAGGCAGAUCAUGACGAAAAUGCCAUCAUCAUUCAGCAACGUAUUCAAAGAUAUCAAGCAUUACUUGGUAAAGGUAUUAGAGGUUACUUAAAGAGAUUGCUUUAUCCUGUAAAGGUCUGA